AUGUUGCUGUGUUCAACAAACAUAAAAGUACGACAAGGCCUCACCUUCGUCACAGGCAUGGUGGAGUGUCUAUUCUUUGCAGGAAUAAUUUUCGGGUGGGCCUCACUUGUGUUCAUCUUCAAGUCCCAGGGGUUCUUUGGCUCCUUUUGCAUCAACACCACAAACAAUGACAGCUUGCAGCUCCAAGAUUGCAGGGGGCAGGAUGAACAGUUCUCUCUGGUCUUCACCAUUGCAUCCUUCAUGAAUAAUUUCUUGACAUUCUUAAACGGUGUCAUCUUUGACCGGUUUGGCACCUUGGUGGCUCGGCUCUUUGGAUUAGCUCUUCACACUGGGGGUCUCUUGAUGUUGGCCUUUGCAACGCCAGCUGUGUCCGUGCUACUUUACCCAGCGCUCUCACUCAUAGCUGUUGGUGGGAUGAUGCUGCUCCUCACCAACAUGCAGGUGGCAAAUUUGUUUGGUGCUCAUCGUUCCACCAUCAUCACUGUCUACAAUGGCGCCUUCGACUCUUCCUCAGGUGUCUUCCUCCUCGUUAAAUUGAUAUUUGAAUCUGGCAUCCCUCUCAAGGCCUGUUUCUUGUUCUUGGCUGCAGCCAGCGUGCAUCAUGUGAUCAGGACAAUAUUCCUGUUUCCUAAAACGUCAAUCCCGUACCCGCUGCCUGAUAGCUACAAGUAUGGGGUAUCCUGCCGAAGAUCAAAGAACACCAAUGGAGGCAUGCAGACUGACUUCCAAUUGCCAUUUGAUGAGACGCCACCCACAGAGGAUUGUCCUGAAAAACCUGAGAAAUCUUUCCGUGAGUGUGUUCUAUCCAGAUUCUUCUUCUUGGUCCUCCUCUGGUUGUCUGUGAUCCAGCUGAGACAUUACCUGUUCAUUGGCACCCUCAACCCCAUGUUGGCUCGUCUGGCUCACGGGGACGCAGCAGUUGUGAGCCAGUACAUCAAUGCCUUUGCCUUCACUCAGAUGUGCGGACUCCUGGUUGGUCCCAUUAAUGGCUUCAUCCUGGACCGGCACAAGCGCAAAACCCCGGUGGCAGGGAUGAGUGAACAAGAAGCAGACCUGAAUUCCGCAGUUCUCUCUUUCUUCCUGACGUCACUGCUGGCGUUGGUGUUCUCGAUUUGCGCUUCCAUCCCAACUCUGCCCCUUCAGUACUUCACUUUUGUCAUGCAAGUCACCAGCUACAGCUUCCUGUACGGUGGAAUGGCUGCCUUUGUCGCAGUGGCUUUCCCACCGUGUCACUUUGGGAAGUUGUACGGCCUCCUCUUUGCUCUCUCAGCAGUCUUCUCCUUACUUCAAUAUGGCUGCUUUGCUGUGGUGGAAGAGGUUCUGGAUGGAGAUCCUUUAUAUGUGAACAUCGCUCUGACUGUGCUUGUCCUGUUCUCCUUCAGUCAUCCCUUGAAUGUCUUUCUGCACUGUCGAACGCUUGCAUCCAAACAAGCCAAAGACAACACAAUUGCAACUACAAUCACUGUUUCUUAAGCACACUUGAUGCUUCCACUUACCUUGAA